AGAAGCAUACCUCCGCUUUGAGCUGACUUCUUAAUGCUAAAAGCUGAAAACAUGCAGGUGGAGAGACAUUAAUUUGUGGGAAAAAUAAACUACAGAGAUGGAAGAGUAACCCAAGAAGAGGAAGCCAAAUAACGAUAUGAAAAAUUAAAAAAACAUCAGAAGAGCUUCAGCUUCUGGUCACUAUAUGGAAAGAAAGUUGAAUCAGAUUUGGCUGGAUUCGUAUCGGUUGAAGGUACAGUUGGCAGAAAACAUGAAAUCAGGCAGGGAAGGGAUGGCCAGAGGACGACAGCAAAAGCAGACAACAGCGCAGUGGGUCAGACGAGAUAGAAAGGUCUCUCCCGGGAUUACAUAUGCACAGAUUGUGGCUGGGAAAACUAAGGCAUAUGAUGAAGGAGAGUCGCUGAACCAUGUUGUGGGGAAGAAAGUGGCUGGGUUAGAAAUGACGGGUGCAAUGUCGAAAGACUUGGCAGUGAUACCAGUCUCAAUUCCUGAUCAGGCUUCAACUUCAGUGAAUGAUGCUAAUACUUAUGAGCCGAAGGGUUUGGUUCUGCAGUUCUCUCCCAGGGAGGAUGAAGUUGCAUGGUUGAGGCAAAGUAGAGUGGCACUGGUUCGGUCAUUGGAUAUGGUGAUGAAAAUACAAAAUAGACUGGACGUGGAUGGUAUAUUGGUGAAUGUUUCUCUGUUAGGGGGAAGACAUGUUUUGUUAAUGGAUAAUUCAGAUGGUUGCUUAGAAGAGUUUAUUGAUAAAAACAGGGAGUUAAUGGAGUCUUGGUUUGAAUGGAUGCAGCCAACUUCGGUAUCUACUAUGCCAUCGAGAAAUAGGUUGGUGUGGCUUCGUUUUAAUGGUGUUCCUUUGCGAGCAUGGAGUGAGAGGUGUUUCUUGGAGUUAGCAGGUCUAAUUGGGGAAGUAAUACUUGUUGAUGAUGAUACAAAAUCUAAAUCAUUCUUGUGUGAGGGUCGGGUCUUGGUAUUGUGUGAGGACACCAUGAAAAUUUCACAGAAUAUCACUCUAAUGGUGGAUGGAGAGUCUUUUCUGAUCAAGGUAUCAGAGGAGGAGUGGCGUAUGGAUCCGGACUGGUGGCUGGCCGGUGAACGGAGGAGCUCCGGUACGAGUUUGGACGUGUCCGACAGUGAGUCCGAUAACCCAGCUGACCGUUACAGUGAAGGGGAUGAUAUAGCUGUUAUGGCCGAAGAUUAUGCAGAAACGGAAGCAAAUUCAAAGCUGAGUUUAAAACAGAACGCGGUUGGGAAUUUUGAAUUAAGUGGGCUAGAGAUGGAUGGGCUGGGCAAUGUGGGCUGGGUUGGGCCACGGGUUUGUGAGGUUGAGGAGCUGGAUGCAACAAAUGGGUCUCGUGAGGGGCUUAGGCCUGCUGGAGUGCAUCAGAAGGGAGCAGCUAGGUCGGUUAAAAAAUGUAAGAAAUUGGGAGACAUUUAUGCUGGGGAAGGGGUAACGGAGGAACCGAGGGAGAAGGGGGUGCAGUGGGUGACGGCAAGAACCAGAUGCAUGAAGGAAAGAAGGGAGAUAGCAAGACAAUCGGAGCAGGGGACGGAAUCGCAGCAAACAGAUCUGUCAUUGUCCGAUGGCUGUAUUCAAAAUCGCAAUGCUUUGAUUCGGCAGCAAUUGGAGUUGGAUGAGGUAAGAAGGCUGUUUGGUUUGGGGAAAAGAUUGGGGAUUCAGUGUCAGAAUAAUGAGGAAGAGGUGUUUUCAAGAUUGGCGGCAUUAGAAGGUCGAGAUGAAGCCAAUUUUAGAAGUUUGGGUUCUGGGUUGAAAAGGAGGGAGAUUCUUAAGUUAGUAAAGAAGGAGAAUCCUGAUUUCUUGUUUCUUCAAGAAACGAAAUUGGAGGAGGUUGAGGAGUCUUUGUGUCGGGCAUUGUGGAAUUCUGAUAAUUUUGAUUGGAUUAUGCAGAAAUCAAUGGGUAAUUCGGGGGGCUUGUUGUGCAUUUGGAAUAAAAGUUGUUUUAUUAAACAAGGUGUGAUUGAGGGGGGCGGUUUCAUUGGGGUUUCCGGGGAAUGGGGUAAGGAGAGGAAAAAAUGUAAUGUAAUCAAUGUGUAUGCUCCAUGUGAUAGGCAUAGGAAGGUCUUGUUGUGGGAGGAGCUGGCUGGACGAGUUUUAGAAGAGGGUGGGUGUUGGCUGUUAGCGGGUGAUUUUAACGCUGUCCGGAAUGUAUCAGAACGAAGGGGUAAGAGGGGGGAGACGCAGGAUAUGCAGGAUUUUAAUCACUUUGUGGAAAGCACGGGGUUAAUUGAUGUUGGCUUGCGAAAUAGAAAGUUUACAUGGUAUAGACCGGAUGGAUCUUCCAUGAGUAGACUUGACAGAUUUUUAAUGUCUACAGAAAUGAGUCUAUUGGCCACGGAUUGGGUUCACGAAGGUGUUGCAAGGUUAGUGUCUGAUCAUUGUGCAAUAAUUCUGAAGGCAAGUAACACAGAUUGGGGUCCAAAGCCUUUUCGGGUAAUGGAUGCAUGGCAACAACAUCCAGAUUUCAGAAGUUUUGUAGAUGAUAAGUGGAAAAAUUUGCAAGUUGAAGGAUGGGCGGGUUAUAUAUGCAAGCAGAAGCUGAAGUUAAUGAAGGAUGAAUGUAAAAGGUGGAAUAAGGAAGUUUUUGGUAAUGUGGAGACUCGAUGGGGGAUAUUAUCAAAGGACAUUGAAGCGCUGGAUAUAAAAAGUGAAGAGAUUGAAUUAGAUGAGAAUGAGGUGUUAUUCAGAAGGGGGUGUUUUCAGGAGAUGUGGGAAAUUUUGAGGAAAAGAGAGGCUUUGUGGAAGCAGAAGUCAAGAAUUAAUUGGAUUCGGCUUGGGGAUGCAAAUACUGCUUUUUUCCAUAGGUGUGUUCAUGCACGGAGGGCACAAAAUGCAAUGUCAAGUAUCUUAGGAGAGGAUGGGUGGGUUGAGGAGCCAAGUAGGGUGAAAGAGGAGGCAGUGAAGUAUUUUAGUCAGCUGUUUCAUAAUGAACAGUGGAAACGGCCAGUGUUGGGAAGAGUGCAUUUCAACAGAAUCUCAGUUGAACAAAGGGAGUGGUUGGAACGUCCUUUUUCAGUAGAGGAGAUUGAAGAGGGACUACAGAGCUGUGAUGGGGCGAAGGCGCCAGGUGAGGGGUUGUGCGGUAUGGUUAGAAAAGCAGAGGCAGAAGGGCUUUUCCGAGGAGUCAAGAUUGGAGAGGGUGGUAUGGUUGUGUCCUUACUACAGUUUGCGGAUGAUACUGUUUUUAUGGGAAAGGCAGAGAAGGGUGGUUAAAGGGUGCAGCCGAUAUUUUGCAUUGUGUUUCAUCUGAAAUAUGAACGAAGUGAGGUAUAUAAUGAGGAACUUGAAAUUUUAGCUUGUGGACCUGACCAAAGGAUAAAAAAGACCCAAAUUGGCAGGUUGUAAUCAAGACAAAACCUCGUGAUUUGUAUGAUUUUCUGCCUGAUGAAGAUGCAUUUGGACCAUGUCAAGAAGAUGAGGACAUUGGAGUGAUACAACAAGAGAAUUUGUUUGAAAGUGAGGAUGGAAUUUUAAGUCGAGAAGAAUUAGUAGAAGUUACUGUUGAACAAGGGCCAAUAAAUUCAGAAAUGGUAA